ACAAGCUGUAGUGAACAGACGAUACUAACCAUGAUGGCUGCUCGUAACAAAGCAAUUAACAAGUACAUCACCGCCAAUCCUGGAACGUCAAAAUUUGAAGCCCUAUCGAAGCUGGUUUGCUACACUUCCGCUCAGGCCCACUGCUCUGUUCAACGAGCGGGUCUCUUGAAUCUACUUCCAGCAAAAAGCCUUCCUGUCAAUGAUAAAUUCGAACUCACCGGAGAAACUCUCGAGGCGGCAAUCUUGAAAGAUAUUGCUGAAGGCAAAAUUCCAUUCUAUAGCUUUCAGAGCAUCGGCAUUAGCAGUAUUCGGCCUUGCACUCAGAACACAGAUCAAGUCCUAAAACUUGUAAUUGUUAAUGCCCUGUGUAUUUUAGAAUUCUUUUCAUCAGCAUCAGACCGGUCGGCUCUUGCAGAUACUUAG